GAAAACGGGUGCUCAUUUGAAGUGGCUCGCUUUGUUCCCCUGCCAGGACCUGCGGCGAUCCAUUCACGCCAGCAAGUUUGGAGAGCGUGUUGAGUUGAAUCAAUUCAGAACGUCGCGAUGGAGCCGAACUCACUCAAGUGGGUGGGCUCGUCUUGCGGCUUACACGGACCGUAUAUAUUUUACAAAGCCUUCAAAUUCGCGAGCCGGGCCGCCGAGACUCGGAUCCUGUCGCUGGGGGACUUUUUCUUGGUGCGCUGCAAGCCGGACGAGCCCGUGUGCGUCGCCGAGCUGCAGCUUCUCUGGGAGGAGAGGACGAGCAGGCAACUUUUGUCCAGCUCCAAACUUUAUUUCCUACCCGAGGACACUCCGCAGGGACGCGGCGUCUCCCACGGAGAGCACGAGGCGAUCGCCGUGUCCGAAAAGGUGAUCGUGCGCCUCCAGGACCUGGUCAAGUGGACCGUGCCGGACUUCUCGGGAUGGACCCAUGGUCUGAAGGCGGAGCCCCUCAAAGGCUCGGUGCUGCGCGAGCUGGGCACCAAUGGGCAGCGCGAGGCCCUCCACCGCUACCGCGAGAGCACUCUCACCAGUGGUCUCAACUUUAAGGACGUCCAGCGGGAGCGGUCGCACCUCGGCCAGGAAGAGGACGGCAGGAAGGUGCUGGUCCUCAGCUACCCGCAGUACUGCCGCUUCCGCUCAGUUCUGGUUCGGCUCAGGGAACAGCCCACCUCGCUGCUGCUCAACCACACGGUGCUGGCGCUGGGCGGCAUCGCGGCGCUGGGCGGCAACACCCGGAUCCUGUACUGCCGCGACACCUUCGAGCAUCCCACGCUGUUGCAGAACGAGAGCAUCUGUGACGAAUUCGCUCCCAACUUGAAGGGGCGGCCCCGCAAGAAGAAGUUGUCCAUCUCUCAGAGGAGGGACUCCACAAGCUCCACGGCGAUGACGGCUCAGGACCCCAAUAGCUUGGAGACCAAAAGUCCCAAGGUCAAAGCGAGCUGUAGAGCAUUAGCCAACGGCAAACUUAGCUCUGGCAAGCUUAGCGCCGUUCCCAAACACAGGAAGGCGGCGCCGCCCGAGGAGAAGGAACGACUGAAGGAGAUGGUGGAGGAGAGGAGUGAGAAGGAGGAGGCCAGGGAUUCCUCCUCCCCGGCCUCCCUGGAGAAGGAGGAGGAUGAGGAGCAGGCGGCGUCAUCCUCGUCCGAGGAGAGUCGAGAGGACGAGCAGGCCUUCCUGGUAGAGCUCUACAAGUACAUGAAGAAGAGAGACACGCCCAUUGAGAGGAUCCCCUUCCUGGGCUUCAAACAAAUCAACCUUUGGACCAUGUUUCAAGCAGCUCAGAAGCUGGGAGGAUAUGAGCUGAUCACGGUCCGCAGGCAAUGGAAGCAUGUGUACGACGAACUGGGUGGCAACCCUAGCAGCACCAGCGCCGCCACGUGCACGCGCAGGCACUACGAGAGGCUUCUCCUCCCGUACGAGAGGCAUCUCAAAGGUGAGCAGGACAAGCCCCUCCCCCUAACCAAACCCCGCAGCCAGGAGAAGGUGCCGUCAGCCAAGGCCAAAGGCGUCGGGGCCAAGAAAGCCAAGGGCCCGAGCGGUGUCAAGCAGGCGUCCAGAAAGGAGCGCGGCGAGGCGGCCAAGGGCCAGCAACAAUCACAGGAUUCCAAGGUGAAAGGGGAAGUGGCCAUGAACCUCGAACCGCCGGCUGUGGAUGAACCCAUCGUCAUCGAGGAGGAGGAGCUUCAUGUCACGCUGAAGAAAGAGGAGUCGUUGGCCGGGGAGCCGCCCAUGUCGCUGUGCCCAAAAGAGGCCGAUUCCAACAGGGCCCCGCUCGCCCCUCGGCCCGUCCACGCAGCCACUCAGCCUGAGUGGAGGCAGAACAGUGAUGGUCUUCAAGCCGCCAAGACUGAAGUACACCUUGUCACCAAAAGCGCCUACCUGCCUCAUCACUGGGACCAGAGCAAACCCGCCGGACAUGUCGCGCUGCCCGAGUCCUCCAUCCGGGGCAAAGACUCCUUGGAGAGUCAUGGAGGGAGAGUUGGCAAGGUGUUACCCAUGUGUAAACAGGAUAGGCAGUCCGUAGACUUGAGGGCAGAUUCCGUGCCCGAGAAGGAGGACUAUGGGUUAAUUAGGAAGGAAAGUCCCGCACAGAUGGCCGCCUACUGCAAAGCAGGUCAAGGCGUCAUGUCUCCUCUAGCCAAAAAGAAGCUCCUCUCCCAAGUGUGCGAGUCAGCGUCAUUCUCAUUCAUGUCGUCUCUCCAGCCUCCUCUUGCUCCCGAGAGAGACACGGACAAGAAGAAAGGCGAGGAGGAAGGCCAGAGGCAGCACAUGUCCGACAACGUCCCGGAGGCAGCGCCGAUGUUCCGUCCGUCGGUCAUUCAGCACGCGCAGAGCAGCAAGCCUCCGCAGGAGAGGAGCAGCAACCACCUCCUGCAGCCUCACGUCACUGCCCCGUGGCAGCCUUAUCUCCCCAGGACGCAGGACCGGGAUGCUGUGGAGAACACUUCGGAAAAGCUUCUCCAGGCUCGGAGCUUCGCCGGGGACUGCUACUCAUCCCCGCACCUGCACAGUCUGUACAGGCAAACGGAGAACUGCCUGAGCCAGGACAGGAUGUCUGGAUACUCCAAUGGAGAGCGGCGGGAGCACUUCCCCAGGGACCGGGAGGGGGGGCAGGGUUUUGUUUUUGGAGGCCUGGAGCAGGAAGGCCUCGCUUACAGAUCGCACUACAGCGACGAAGCGCAGACUCGAGGGGAGAGCAGAGAAGCAGAGGACGAACCCAGAGACUUCACCAUGUCCAAACCGCUUUCCCAGCGGGUGUCGACCUUCUCCAAACCCUCCUUCUGCGGCCUCCCUUACUCCAUCGUGCACCAGGGCUUGGACUCCCACCCUAAGGCAUGUAGAGUUCCUCCCAUGACCAUCUCGCCUCCCAAGCAGGACCCGUCACCACCCUUUCUCAGUCCCAAAUCUUCAUCUGACUCAUCCCUCACCAUCCCCGUCCGACCCAGUAAACGAAGCCUCGGGGAACCGGAGGGCGAGGAGGUGCCGGAAAGGAAGGUUCGCGUCGUGACUCCGAUCCACCCGGCUACCGCCAUCCGACGCAGCGACCCGGAGGAGCUGAAACUCGCCGAGCCGGCCCACGCGGUCCACCUCAACAACCACCUUCCCGAGGGCCACCCGGCCACCACUUACCCCCUGCCUCACGCCGCACCCCUCUACGCCGGCAUGUACCCGCCCGGCAGCCUGGUGUCGCAGGACGGACUCCAGCAACACCCGGGCCUGCAGUAUCUAAAGAGCCAGUCGGCCGUGUCCCCGCUAGUGCCCCCCUUAGCCUUCCACUCCAUGAUGCUCCACAGGCAGCUUCUGGCCUCUGCCCCCAGCCCGCACCACUUCUUUAGGCACCCGGGCGGGGCGGCUCUCUACGGGGACCUGCUGCACCACCUGUACCCGCUCUCCACCCUCCCCCCGCCACAACUGUCGUCGGUACACCCCAGCACUAGACUGUGAGGGACACCUGGUUUGUCCCGACUCCCUUUCCCCCUGCCAAGCAGUCGUCAGAUGGAGGGGUGGCGACUGAUUGUAAAACUCAAUCUGUGAGACAGACUGAAAAUUCCAUUUUUAUUUUUUUUUGUAUUAGUUUAUACAUUUGUUUAUAUACUUUGCACUGUUGUGUAUUUUUAUCACCACUUACUGUAUCUUUUUGUUUUUAUCCUUAUUUGCACAAUUCUGACGUGGAUGUGCUCACUUUUGGUUUGACUCUCUGUUGGCGGGAGUCGGGCAGUCGCGCCGUUUUUGUUUACUGCGUCCGAGGGCUAAAACUGUCGCUUGAAACACUACAACAGGAACUUUCGUAUCCAAGAGUCGCCAAAAUAUGUCAACGUCAUUGGCAUUCAGUGGCUCCACUUUUUUGUUGCCUUUAUACUGCACUGUACCGCCUCGGUUCGGGGGUGGUCAUUUUUCCACAAUAGUACCACAGGAAACUUUAAAAAAAAAAAAAAAAAAAAAAAACACACACAUUGCAUUAAUUGAAUUGGUUGGAAAUGGGACACGCUAAAAAUAACAAACAGAAAAAAAUAUAAAAACGGAAAAAAUAAAUAAACAUUUACGGAUAAUUAACUGGCAACACGUUAGUCGAGUGGUUAGCACGUUCUUCUGUAGUCAGGAGAAGUUUGACGAUGAGCAGCGAGAAACUGGACAGCUGCAGCCAAGCGGAGAAUGCGGCGCUACAAUGUUAAGCUAACAUUAGCAUGCAUGUUUUGAAGACUGAAUCUGCUCCACCUGUGAGUGACCGCAAGUGGCUUUACCUCGGGAAGAAAUAGUACCGGGUAGUACUAGGUCUUUAUGCCAGUGGAAAAGCGGCACUAAUGAGUAGAGCCGAGUGGGUACCGUGCAGUGGAGUGCGCUGACAAAUGUAACCUGUAGAGGUGCUGUGGGACAUGACGUGUCCAAAUCCAUUUCACGUGAAUGAAUGUGGCUUUUUGCUUGGAUUUUUGAUUCUUUUUUUAUUUGAAAGAUCUCAUCAAGGAUCUAUGGACUGUAGCAGCUCGUCGCACUAGCGUCAUGAAGCAGCCGGCUGCUGCAGAACGCUUGUGCCCCGACACGCGCACACACACACACAAGCAUUUCACCGCUCUUAUUAUUCAUGACUUGAAAAAAAACAAACAUUUUACAGUCAAAACAUGCUGAAAAAAAGAAACAUCCACUGUAUGAUUUUUUUUUUUUUUUUUUUUUUUUUGGGGUGGUGGGGGGAGUAAGAAUGUUGACACUUAGGACGCUUUGCAAAUAUCUGUGCCUUUUGCCCGUCUCGCGUUAUUAUUGUUAGCACUAAAUUGUGGGAGGUAGCAGGUAUUAGAAAUUAGUUAUUUACUGUCCGGAGUGCACUUGGGCCACCACACGUGAUUGGUGAGGUGCAAAGUUUGUUAAGAAAUGCUUUACACUCGUGUACAUGUGCUGAAAUUGAUCUAUUUUCUAUGACAGGUGGUCAUUUACACUUUAAAGGAGACAUAUUGUGGAAAAUUGCUUUUUUUUUAUUAGCUUGUAUACAACCUUUUGAGAGCUGCUUGUUUCCCGAAAUGUGGCAGUGAGAGAGCCCUUCUGAAUUGUGCUGAAUUUUGAUGUGACAGCAUGUCUGCUGCAUGCGCCACAUUCACAGAUCCGAGAUGAAGUGCUGCCUUCACGAACUACAAUCCGUGCUUUUACUCCGCCUUCACUUGGGCUCUUCUGACCUUCGCCCGCUCUUCGUCGCAACCCCCUGGCUCCGAUGUCAAAAGCAUUGGCCCCUGCAGGAGAGCAAGCGGGGUGAGCAAUGGCUCAUUUGCACACGACAGCACCGCCCCCUCAAAACAAAACAAGUUAACUUCAGCGAGGAAGCAAUCUGUAAUUCCUUUGGAUGAAAAUGAGUUGGAAAAAAAUGCCUAACAUGUCUCCUUUAAAGCACAGUUUGCGUCUGUGUGUGCUUGAAUGUGAGGUAGCAGACUCCAUAAAAGUAAAGCCAAGCGUGAAUUAAUGAACCCGGAGGGGGGGGGGGGGGGGGCUUUUUUAUAACCACUAGACUCAAAUUUGGCCCGGAAUGCCCGAUGUCCAUGGGAAACCCUUUUAGCAUUUAUUUGAUAUCCUUGAUAUCCAUCUUAAGGAUCUUGUACUAGUACACUCUUUGUCCUCACUAGUAACACAAUUCAGCGCGCUAGCUGGUAAUUUUUCGUGACAGGAGGCUAAUAGUGUGUGAACCAUGCCUCCAAACGGGGCCUUGUAGUGUUACUAGUGCAGCACAUUAGUUUAGUAGUAAGGUUUUACUGCAUGCUAAUGGCGCAAAAGUGACAGUAGUUGUGGGAUAAAAAUGUUACCAGUUAGACAGUCGUUGCACUCGUGCGCUCAAUUGUCUUACUAUUGAGAAAAAGGUAGAUGGACUUCUUAAGGUCCAUGUACUAGUAUGCUCCUUUUUCUCACUAGUAAGACAAUUGAGCGCACGAGUGCAACAACUAGUACAUGAACCUUAAGAUAUAGCUAUAUCCUUGAUAUCCAACUACUUGUGAGCAUUUCAGUGCUAGUAGGAUUCCAGGAGGCUACUAGGGCAUGAUCCAUGCCCACUAGUUGGGCCUAGUAGACUAGUGCAGCACAGUAGUUUACUAGUAAGGUUUGAUUGCGUACUCGUAGGCCAAAUGUGGCAUUAGUAGUGAAAAAAGAUUACUAGUAAUACAGUCAUUCUACUCGUGGGGUGAAUUAUUUCACUAGUGAGGAAAAAGCAUCCUGCACUAAUAGACAGUUUGUAAAAUGGAUAUCAAGGAUAUUGAAUGAAUUAUCAGAAGUGUUUUCCAUGGCUGUGUGCAAAUGCGACUUUGGUUUCUGUGACUGUCCCCAAUGAACAAGCACUGAACGUGGCUCUUGUAUGAAAAUAAUAAUAAUAAUAAUAAUAAUAAUAAUCCAUACACGGGAUCAAUUUCAACUUCCCCUUUUCUUCUCUUGCAUUGUCGUCUUCGUGUGUGUGUGUGCGUGUGUAUGUAUGUGUGUGUGUGUGUGUAAAUAAAUAGCACUGUAGAUAGCGCACCGCUCUGGCGCGAGAGUGGUGGUUAUCAUAUCAAAACUGUUAUAAUCUGUAAAUAGCAUCAAAGGCAGUAUAUAUAUAUAUAUAUAUAUAUAUAUACAUACAUAUAUAUAUAUAUGUGUAUGUAUGUAUGUAUGAGAGAGAGAGAAAAAAUAAGUCGCUGACACACAAUCUAGCCUCUAACAAACACUACGUUUUCAAUUAAGGAUUAGAUUGCCUUUUUUGUUUGUUGUUAUGGUUUCACUUUUCAUUUUUUUUGUGCAUCCUCAGAAGUGUUUUUUGAUACAGUAGCCAUCUGUUUACCAAUCAGCCAACUGGCGAGCCAGACAAAAAAAUUAGACAUUUUUUUUAUGCUAUGACCUCCUGUAUAUUUAAUUAAAAUAUUUUACUAUCUAAA